AAGCAGGCCCUGAACCUGCCUUUUGCACCCUUUGAGAACGCUGCUUCAUGUGGAGCCGUUUUCUAAAAGACCUGUUGAGAGUUACCCUUUUCCCACACAGGCUUUCCCCAGCAUGCGGCAGAGUCCAAACUUUUCAGCUCAGAAGUCCCAGGGGGAUUACCCAGCACAACGUUUAUCCCGGGCUUAGGAAGUACGCGGCUCUGAACAUGGCAGAAAACGGGCAUUUAUGAUACUGGCAAGGGUCAAGCGUGCAUGUGAAUGUGGUGCUGGACAACGUGUCUCGACCUUGGACAUCUGAGGGAGCAGUUUUGGUGUUGAGAGCUCAUCUUUGCAAUGCGGAGAGGAAAGAUCGUUUUGAGCCAGAGAGGAUGUAGGAUGAUGCUAUUUGAUAAGGUUCCAGUUGUGGGUACUUCACAUUUGAAAGCCUACCCUUUCAUGUGAGAGCAUCAUAUGAGGAACUUCAGUCCUGAUUUACAGAGUUGUUUACUUGCUGAACAUGCUGACUGAUGCCUGAUAGAAUUAUACAAAAGCACUAAGGGAACUUUGUGUGGGUUACUGGCAUGCACGCUGGAUGGCGGUGAUGUGAGUGGCAACCGUGCUGUGACAUGAAGAUUCUGAUGGUUUAAGAAAAGAGACCAGUUUUAAAAAGAGAGAGAGAGAGGCAAAGGGAAAGCAAAAAAGGAAAGAGAGAGAAGAAAACAGCUGGAGAAAGGAAAAGGAGGACGUUUGUUGAUGACAAAAGGAUGGGUUUCCAUUUAAUUAAGCAGCUGAGAGGCAUGAGUGUGUUGUUAGUGCUACUUCCUAUGGUGCUGUUUGUUAUGCUUGCGGGGGCUCAGCGAGCUUGCCCCAAGAACUGCAGAUGCGAUGGCAAGAUUGUGUACUGCGAAUCUCAUGCAUUCAGAGACAUCCCUCAGAAUAUUUCUGGAGGGUCUCAAGGCUUAUCGUUACGGUACAACAGCAUUCAGAAGCUUAAAUCAAAUCAGUUUGCGGGCCUGAAUCAGCUCAUAUGGCUUUAUCUUGACCAUAAUUACAUCAGCUCCGUGGAUGAGGAUGCAUUUCAGGGGAUCCGCAGGCUGAAGGAAUUAAUUCUAAGCUCCAACAAAAUUACCCAUCUGCACAACAAAACAUUUCACCCGGUCCCCAACCUCCGCAAUCUGGACCUCUCUUACAACAAGUUGCAGGUGUUGCAGUCUGAGCAGUUCAAGGGCCUUCGUAAACUCUUGAUCUUGCAUUUGCGGUCUAACUCGCUGAAAACGGUGCCGAUCCGAGUUUUCCAAGACUGCCGAAACCUUGACUUUCUGGAUUUGGGCUACAACCGCCUGCGGAGCUUAUCCCGUAAUGCUUUCGCUGGCCUUUUGAAGUUGACAGAGCUCCACUUGGAGCACAACCAGUUUUCUAAGAUCAAUUUUGCCCACUUUCCACGCCUCUUCAACCUUCGCUCGAUUUAUUUGCAGUGGAAUAGGAUCCGGUCUAUUAGCCAAGGGUUAACGUGGACUUGGAGUUCCUUGCACAACUUGGAUUUAUCAGGAAAUGACAUUACAGGGAUAGAGCCUGGGACCUUCCAGUGCCUCCCCAACCUGCAAAAGCUGAACCUGGAUUCCAACAAACUCACCAACAUCUCUCAGGAGACCAUCAAUACAUGGAUCUCGCUCAUCUCCAUCACUCUGUCCGGAAAUAUGUGGGAAUGUACUCGAAGCAUUUGCCCUCUGUUUACUUGGCUUAAGAAUUUCAAGGGAAACAAAGAGAGCACUAUGAUAUGUGCAGGCCCUAAACAUAUCCAGGGUGAAAAAGUGAGCGAUGCUGUGGAAACAUAUAAUAUCUGUGCUGAAAUCCAGGUGGUGGUUACUGAGAGAUCGUACCAGCCACCCAAAACCCCCCCGAGACCUGUCUUCAUUCCUAAACCUACCAUUUCCAAACUUGAAAGCAAUCAGCCGACGUCUGUUAUGCCAAGCCCUUCUGCAGACCUCCCAACACCUGGAGUGGAACCAGAGUAUGAGCACGUUUCCUUUCACAAAAUAAUCGCUGGGAGCGUGGCCCUCUUUCUUUCCGUGGCCAUGAUUUUGUUGGUUAUCUACGUGUCGUGGAAGCGCUAUCCAGCCAGCAUGAAACAGCUCCAGCAGCACUCUCUCAUGAAGAGGCGCAGGAAAAAGGCCCGAGAGUCUGAAAGGCAAAUGAACUCCCCUUUACAGGAGUAUUACGUGGACUACAAGCCAACAAACUCUGAGACCAUGGAUGUAUCGGUUAAUGGAUCUGGGCCCUGCACGUAUACCAUCUCUGGCUCCAGGGAAUGUGAGGUUCCUCACCACAUGAAGACUUUACCCUAUUACAGUUACGACCAACCGGUGAUCGGAUACUGCCAAGCUCAUAAGCCUCUCCAUGUAAAUAAGGGGUACGAUACCAUGUCCCGGGAGCAGGCUGAGACAACCAACCUGGAACUCAGUCGAGACCACAGCUUCAUAGCUACAAUCGCGCGUUCGGCUGCUCCAGCCAUUUACAUUGAGAGAAUACCAAACUAAUGAUGGCGACGACUUCUUCAGGGGGCGGAGUGGGGAGUUCUUUUGGGGGACCUUUCAUCUCAGAAGAGACCAGGGCAAGAAACUAAAAUCUACCAUUCCAGUUACAAAUGUUCCAACACAGACAAAGGGAAGGGGAUAAAGCAAACUCCGCAGACUGUGGAAAUGCUAUCUUGCAGUACACACUGAGAACUUCAGGAUUUUCUUUGCUUUAAACUUUCAAACAAAUUCCUCAAUGUAAAUAUUAAAGAGAGAUUGUCAAGUUCUUAUUAAAAAAAAAAAUAGAUUUCACUCUAGCUACAUAAAGGGAUGGAUUAAGAGUUUUGUUUGUAUAUUUGAUUUUUCUACAUUGCACGGUUCCAGGGAAGGAGAACCACAGGUAAAAAUAGAGGGGGUGGGGAGGGCAAGGGUUUGGGUGGGGUGGGUCAGCCAUGUUUCCUUAUUAAGUGUUUAUUACUCUUCAAAGAUUUGUUUAAUAUUUUUGUUCUUUUUAAACAAACAAAAGAUAGAUAUAUAUUUUCUUUUUUCUUUUGGGGGUUUGUUUUUUGGUUGUUUUUUUUUUUUUAGUGGUCAAGCGCUAAUAUUUCAAACUUCAGACAUGGGCAUUAAAGCUUAUGUUGAACCAAAAGGACAUUGGCAAUUGAUGCAGCAGAAACAAAGAAACUUGGGUGCAUGUACAUUUAAGACACAGGCUGUACACUAUGGAGGGUGCUUUUGAUUUUUACUAUCUUCAUUGUGCUUCAUUGUUGACACUAUAAUUACUUUUCGGGCUCUAAAAAAGGGGAAAACAUGCAACGGAGUAACGACUCUCAUAUUUACAGUCCAGCGGUGCUUGUUAAGCAAAAAUAAUGGACGUUUGGGAACCAAAAUGGAAAUGAUGUGCUUGAAAUGGAUCAGAAGGAAAAUCUUUUAAAGCAAGAGUAUUUGGUGAAACUCACUGGCUGACACAAUUUCUAAAACACAGGAGAAUGUGUAACAUUGUUUUUUGUUUUUUUUAAUUAAUUAUUAUGAUCAGUUAGUUUUUGUGUAGUUUUUAUCAAUAAAAUGACAACAAAAAAAGUGGUGGAAAAAAUAAACAUAUUAUUUUGUGGUUGGGACACCACAGCCAA